UACAAACUUUUCUAUACACGUCCGUGUUCGUGUUCGCCACACGUUUAUUCAAAGCUCUGCAACAUUCUUCCCGGCGAGAACAAUCGAAAUAUUCUCAGGCUACAAUGGAUAAUGAAUCAUCUAAAUGUCCCUUUGUUGCCGAAAGCAUCAUCCAGAAAUGCCCUUUCCUCAGAAACAUCAACAAGCCUACCAUUUUCUCCCUCUCCUCCUUGAAUUUUCAACUUCCUGUGGUGCAAGGAGAUGGUAAAGGUCCUAUUUUUGAAGAUGGUCCUGGAUUUGAUUCAGCGUUCAAGCUUUUCCAUGGGAAAGACGGUAUCGUGCCGCUUUCUGGACAUUCUAGUUUCAGAGAUGAUCUUGAAGAGGAGACACCGCAGUUCAAUCCUCUUGCUGGGAAGGUUGCUACUAUAAGCCUAUCAGCUUUUGGUCCUGGAGGACCUUUUAGCUUUGGUCCCUUCUCAGACAAGUAUAAGAAACCCAACAAACAAGAGUCUGGGGACUCGUCGAAACACGAGGCGGUUGGUGACGAGUGGUUAAAAACCGGGAACUGUCCAAUCGCGAAAUCUUACAGAGCUGCAAGCAAAGUCAUGCCUCUUGUAGCUAAAGCAUUACAGCCACCAUCCGGUAUGAAAUUUAGAUGUCCAGCUCCUAUAGUAGCUGCGAGAGCUGCGCUUUCCAAGACCCCUUUGGUUAAAAGCCUUCGCCCUCAGCCUUUACCCGAAAAGAUGCUCGCCAUCGCUCUCAUGGGGAUGGCUGCAAACGUGCCUCUCGGUGUUUGGAGAGAACACACCAUCAAGUUUUCGCCUUCGUGGUUCGUGGCGGUCCAUGCUGCUGUGCCUUUCAUAGCUAUGCUCAGGAAGUCUGUGCUGAUGCCUAAAGCAGCUAUGGCUUUGACCAUUGGAGCUUCCAUCUUGGGACAGGUGAUUGGAUCAAGAGCUGAACGUUACCGUCUCAGAGCGGUGGCUGCGAGUACAGUUGCUGAAACAUCUACUGUUAUUGCGGGUGAUGGAUACAACCAGGUUUCUGAUGAUUCAGGGUUUGGGAAAGGACAUUGUGGUGCAGGGGAAGGAGUGAAGGAGGUUUAUUACAAUGUGAAUGUUGGUGAAUCUGCUAAAUUAACUGGACUCUGCUAUUGAUAUAUGUUCUUAUCAAAACUACUAUGUGAUGAUUGGAUGUUUUAUGUGUUGGGAAGUUUUGUAAUUGUGUAAAUCAGAACAAAGGUGUCGUUUUAAAGAGCAAUUGGAAUCUGAUUUUGAGCAUA